UAGACAUUUCAUUUACGUGUUACAUAUUUUAUUCCCAAAUGCUCACAUGUCCACAUCAUCUAUGAAUGUGUGCAGUAUGUUACUAUGGCAAAACUGUCAUGUCUGUAAGAAUAAUGAAAUCAAACAUUACAUUUGGAUAUAUUUUAAUGUCUAUAACUAUAUAAUGUUAAUUACUCUUAAUGACAUGUUUUUUGUGGGCAUCUUCUGUAAAUCAUGGUAUAAAUUUGCAAAAAAAAUUCGCUCAGGAAAAAAGAAACAAGACACAUUCUAAUGACAUGCACUAACAUAUGACAGCAGAGCGAAAGUCAAACAUUUAAAAGAGAACAAAACAUUUAAAGCUUUGUCAUCAGCAAGUUGUUUUCUAUCCUGCUGUAAAAUCGGUGUCCUUCUUACAGAGUCAAGAUCCGCACACACAACACUGACACGAUAAGAAAUUAAUCAUGAGACCAGUCUCCAGUCCAGCAGGAGUCGCUCUGCAGCUCUUCAGUCCGCCGAUAAACCCACUAAAGAAAGAAAGAAAGUCAAACAUCAAGCGCUGCGUGUUCACAUCACUCUGAUUUUCUCUCUUGAGUGUUUUAAACAGAGUGUUGUGUGUGUGUGUUUGUGUUGAGAUGUUGACGAUGACGUCACAGAUGUGCUGUAAAUCAGUGGGAACUGAUCUGUCCAUGCUGGAAAUUGAUGAUUUCAUCACAGAAAUCUGUCAGCUGAAGAAAGAGGUGGCGUUACUGGAGGAAAAGCUGAGGACAAGAGGAGAUGAACUCAACACUGAGAUUGUGGUAAAGGUCGAGUCAAACCCCACAGACGCUCAGGACACUGUGUGUGACAGUAAUCACACCUUGAAUCAGGAUGAAUCUACUGAUCAAACCUCCACAGAGUCUCUGGAUUCUGUCUGUAACGCUGGAGAACAGCAGAUCCUGAACACCAGACCACUCAACAUGUGUUCUGUCACACUGGUGGACUGCAGGAAACUCAUGGAGAUGGAAACACAGACCACAGUGAAGGAAGAACAGACUGAUGAAGAUGAGAAUCAUGAUGAUUUUGUUCCUUCAGUCAAACCGGAGUGUGUCGAGAACCUGGAGAUAAAAACAGAACCCAGAUCAGAUGAAGAACAGUCUAAUGAAGAUGAUGAUGAUUUUAUUCUUUCAGGGAGGCCAGCGGACGAGGGAGGAGAAGCGCCGCAGUCAGAGGGGCCAUCGUCCUCAGAUGAGAGCGGUGAUUCAUGUUGUGAUGGAGAAACGGCCUCUACAUCAAAACAGCGACUGACAGCACAAACUCUUUCCUGCAUCACCUGUGGAAAGACAUUCAGUUCACAGAGACGUUUAGAGACACAUGAGAGAAAACACACAGAACAGAAACUCUUCACCUGCACCAGAUGUGACAUCAGCUUUCCUACCUUACAAGAGAAGAAACUUCAUUCACAAGAGCACAGAGACCAGAAACACUUUCACUGUCAGCAGUGUGGGAAGGUUUGUGUCUCGUCUUCUAGUCUGAACGCUCACAUGAGGACACACACUGGAGAAAAACCUUUCCACUGCAGUGAAUGUGGCAAAUAUUUCAGAACCAAAGGAAAUCUUGUUACUCAUCAGAGAAUUCACACGGGAGAAAAACCGUACGAGAAGAAACACUUUAACUGUGAGAAGUGUGGGAAGAGUUUUUUUACAACUUCUUCUAAUAUAAACGCUCACAUGAGGACACACACUGGAGAAAAACCUUUCCACUGCAGUCAAUGUGACAAAUAUUUCAGAACCAAAGGAAAUCUUGUUGCUCAUCAGAGAAUUCACACGGGAGAAAAACCGCACGCGUGUCCUCACUGUGACAAGAGAUUUUACCAUUCAUCUGAUGUUAAGAUACACAUGCGUUCACACACCGAUGAGAGACCGUAUGAGUGCAGUGAAUGUGGAAAAGCCUUUAGGGAUUCAGGUUCUUUAAAGUCGCACCAAACAACUCACUCUGAGGAGAAACUCUAUCAGUGUUCACACUGUGAUAAACGCUUCCGUCAUAAAUCUUAUCUGAUAACUCAUGAGAGAACUCACACUGGAGAGAAACCUUACGUCUGCUCUCAGUGUGGAAAGAGCUUCUCUUAUUCACAACAUUUCAGAGAACAUCAGAGAAUUCACACUGGAGAGAAACCUUAUCAGUGCAGUGUUUGUGGAAAGAGUUUUAAUCGUAAGAACAUUUUAAAGAAACACAAGAGAACUCAUACAGGAGAAAGACCUUACAAAUGCUUUCAGUGUGACAAGACGUUUACUCGAUCAGAUGUCUUGAAAACUCAUCAGAGAAUUCACACGGGGGAAAGACCGUACGCGUGUCCUCACUGUGACAAGAGAUUCAAAGACAAAGCUCAUCUGAGGAAACACGUGCGUGUACACACCGAUGAGAGACCGUAUCAGUGCAGUGAAUGUGGAAAAACCUUUAGACAGUCACAUGGUCUAAAGUCACAUCAAACAACUCACUCUGAGGAGAAACUCUAUCAGUGUUCACACUGUGAUAAACGCUUCCGUCAGAAAGCUCAUCUGGUGACUCAUGAGAGAAAUCACACUGGACCCAGCGGGCACCUUGAUGUCAAAAGACGUGAAAUUGACAUCAAAAACUUCACGUCCAUUUGACAUCUUUCAAAGAAACUGGUCAACGCACAUAUUCUGAAUCCGAGCACAGACAAAGUGUUGUACCCCCAUUCGGGAGCAGAAGAUCGUUCUUCAGGUGUGAUCAGUGUUGGCUUUAGUCGAGCUCUUUAACACUUGUACUUUCAUUAACUCGUGAUUUUCUAAGCUUGCAAUAGUGCUUCCAUAAGACCACUUUUGUAUUAGUAAUGAAAGACAAGAUUUGAGAAGGUUUAGUUGGAGUUGAAUGCUUUAAAUGACAAGAGUCAAACAGUAAUAAAGUUAAGAAGCUUCUUCAAGUAGUUUUGUUGCAGAUCCUGUUAAUGUUCAGAUUCCCAAAUGUGAAAGUAUGGUCACAAAAUAAACCCAAACUGUUACGGACUAACCAUCAACACUCAUCACACUAAUCUCAACGAAUGUGACAGUCAUCAAACUUGCAUGCUGGGAGUCAUGAAUGAGUUUUGUACUACGAUGUUACCCAGCAUGCAUUGCUGCAUAAAGCUUUCUUUUGUUGAUUGUCACCAUUGUUGAGUUUCAAUUGCAAACUGCACUGGGUCAUCAUAGGUUUCUGUGGGAAAAUAUCUGUUCAUAUUCAUUCAGAAUUGAUGGGGAAAAAACAGUGUUGAAUGUCUAGAGGAAUUUCUUACACGUGUAAUAUUGUUUUACAUAAAUACACUUAUGCAUCAAUGAUUUAAUAUAGAAAAUAGAUGAUUUGAUCAUUGUAUUUGUAUUGAAAUGCUGUUGUAACUUUUGUUGCUUUCUUAUAAAUUGCUUCAUUGUCGUCCUCAGAUUUACAGGUCUGUUCAGACAGCCUGCUUCUAAAUACAGUUAACGUACACAUCCUCUCAACCUGUAAUGCAUUUAUUUCCCAUUCCACAGAUCUUGCUAACUUUUGAUCUAGUUUAGAGAAUGUCACCUUUCAUUUUUGUUCGCUAAUGAAAGAGGCAGAGAUGGGGAAAAUAUACAUUUGUAAACAAUAAUUUAAUUGUUUUUCUAUAUUGUUAACAUACAGAAAAAGUCCAAAGACAUAUCUCUUUAAAGUAAAUAUGAACACUGUCACAAAAAUAAUAAAUUAUAAAAAAUAAAAAAACAACUGAACAAAAAACGGGUGGCUGAAUCUAUUGUGCCUGUAAAAAUAUUACCUGGAAGACUAAAGUUUUCUGUGUGGAUGGUAAAGGAGUAGAUCUGAAAAAAAUAAUUCUGUUAAUUACACGAUGUGCCGAUUAAUUACACUGAUUGAUCGCUUUUUAAUCAAACACACUUUUUUUUUUUUUUAGAAAUUAUCCCCAAAAGAUCUUUUCAGGUCAUUGAUGAUAAAACUAUUACAAUUGUGUUGAAGGUGUGAUUCGACAUAAAAUGGCACCGGAAUCAUCACAGUAGCGUCUUUUAACAGUUUUGUCUAUAGUGUCUAUAAUCUUACCAUCAUUUUGUUUAAACAUACAGUUUGUUCUGUGGAACUUCAGUUUAAAUUGUUUGGAAAUCAGUUGAAUUUAGUCUUUUACUACCAAUAGUCUUUAUUUAGUCAUGGAUAGACCGUUUCAGCUGCAACAACGUAAACAAUCGUUAUGAGGCUAAAAUUAACUUAACCGGUAGACCUCCAAAAGGAUCAAGAACUGUUGAGUAGCUUUAAUUUGAUUUAAAACGGUUAACAUAUAAUAAAAUAAGAAUUAAAUACAAAAUAAAGUUUUAUAUUCUAACCAAAACGAAAGAUAACUUUGGGCCAGGCGUCACAUGAAAACACUCUAUAAAUGUGUUGUUUGAUAUUGAACAUCUUGCUUAUGUGACAGUUUUUAGUUCAUGAUAGACAUGUGUAACAGAUAUUGUUCUGAGCAUUAUUAUUCACGAGGAGUUAUACAGUAUUUUUUACGUAUUUUCUGUUUUCACGUAGGAAUCUGAAUAAUCCUACUUUCCACAAAAUAACUAUUGAAAAGCAACCUCAAGUGCUCUGUUGGAGUAUGUCGGGUUCAGUUUUGAAUAUUUCUUGUGGAAAUUGUACACUGUAAUUGUACAAUAUGUGUCCGGCGGCACUUGUAUAUGAAACUUCAACAAGGUAUCAGUAUCUGAAAUAAAUGAUUGAAGGUCUUCCUCUCGCUGUGGAUCUUUUUUGUUUUGACAUGAUAAGUACUUUGAAUUUGUCCAUAACAGGGUGGACAUAUUUUGUGGUUCGCUCAUAACACUGUCUUGUGCUUGCUGUUGUUUUAUGAGACGCACAUUUAUAACAGCUGAAGGUCUUCAUGAUACAACACUUGUGAAGUUGAAUGGUAAAUCUCUGCAAUUGUGAAGUCUCAAAGACAUUUAAUGGGGAUUAUGUCCCAACUGCAUUCCACUUCUGUUACAUUAAAUGUUGUUGGAUUACAUUCAGUUGAAAAAGUGUGUGCGUUAUCCUCGAUGAAUGGGCACAGACAUACAUUUACGUUGUAUGUUGAUAGAUAUUUUUUCAUACAUGUUAUUUGUCAACAAGAAGACAUUAGGUCAUGUACAGACACGGUUCUCACUUCCUUUGCAUGCAAGGGAAUAAGCAAAC